AUGGCUCGUUUUACCAAGAAUUCAGAUCGCGAGUACGAUGUUGUUCUUCUCGGAGCAACAGGAUUUACAGGUCGCUUCGCUGCGAUGCACCUCGCGGAAAUUGAUCGUGAUCUGAAGUGGGCCAUCGCAGGUCGUUCUGGGGCGAAAUUGACUAAAUUGGCCGAAGAACUGAGACUGAAGACUUCUCAGAACCCUGACGUCAUUCCCGUCGAAUUCACGGCCCAAUCGCUUGACGCUCUGGCUAGGCAGACCCGGUGUUUGGUUGCGACGGUGGGCCCUUUUCCCCAGCAUGGUGUCUUGGUGUUCAAAAGCUGCGCCGAGAACGGGACUCAUUAUGUUGAUAUUAACGGCGAGACUCCUUCCGUACUGGAAAUGAUCAAAGCCUAUGAAGACACUGUCAAGUCAACGGGGGCCAUGAUGAUACCUUCGUGUGGAGUCGGCAGUCUGCCUGCCGACCUUCUCACGUGCCUCAUGGUUGAAAAGGUCAAGGAGACAUUCGACUGCCCAACAUCGGCUGGUCUAAUAUCAGUCCAUGACUCGAGAGUACAAGCAAGCGGUGGCACAUUGAAUGGCUUAGUAACUUCUGUCUCAUCAUACGGCUUAAGAAACAUUCUGAAAGCCGGAAAGCCUUGGGCAUUAUCGCCUAUCCGUCCUGCGAGAUCCCAAGCUGAUGAGAGCAGAAACGUCAGCAAAGACAUAAUCGAGCGACUUAAACUUGCUGCAGUUCUUCAUCAAUGGUCAACGUCGAUGAUGAAGCUUAUCGAUGUGAGAACACUGAAAAUAGAAGAGGUCUUUGACGAAGAAAUCCCCACCUAUGUCAUCCUAUCUCAUACUUGGGAUGAGGAGGAAGUCAGCUUCCAAGACUUUCAAGACAUCGAUGUCGCCCAGAACAUGAAGGGGUUCGAGAAAAUCGAGGAAAUAUGUCGCCUAGCUCGAGCUCGUGGAGUUGACUAUGCUUGGGUAGACACCUGCUGCAUUGACAAAACGAGCAGCGCGGACCUUUCGGAAUCGAUCAAUUCCAUGUUCAAAUAUUACCAUGACGCGCAGGCCUGCUACGCAUACUUGGCAGACAUGCCCCGCACACGAUCUUUGGAGAAGCACCUUCGUAACUGCAGAUGGUUUACCAGAGGCUGGACACUUCAGGAAUUGCUCGCUCCCGCUGAAGUGCGGUUUUACGAUCAGGAUUGGAAUCUGUUGGGUACGAAAGAAUCCUUGGUCGAGAUCAUCUCAGACAUCACGGGAAUUCUUUGCGACGUGCUGCUUGGCAAGACACCCCUGUGGGACAUCCCCGUGGCGACGCGGAUGGCUUGGGCGGCUACAAGAAGCACGAGACGAAAGGAGGAUGUGGCAUAUUCGUUAUUAGGAAUCUUCGACAUAAACAUGCCAAUGCUCUACGGAGAAGGUCAGAAAGCAUUUCGACGACUACAGGAGGAGAUUUGCAAAAAGGACGACGAUACCUCAUUACUCGCAUGGGAUUCUCGCAGACCCCUCCACUCCCGAACAUCAGUGGCCUUCGCGUCAUCUCCAGCGGACUUCGCCGGUCAUGAAAAAACGCAAGCAGUUACACGCUUUCGAAAUUAUGAUGUUGGGAUGGAACUGACCAGCAGAGGGCCUCGUUUUAUGGGAAGGAAUCUUUGCAUGGUCGUGAUCCCGUCAGAUAAAGAUAUCCAGAGACCUUGUCACCAUGGUAUUUUAGGCCUCGCCAUUGUACCCAAGCCUAUAUUGCUACCAGAAGAGGAUAACGGAGGAAUUAUUCGAUACGUUCUCCGCCUGGAUAUUGGCACUUCAACUCACCGUUGCGGCAUCUUUCUCGAAAAGGUCCAGCCGGACCUUUUUCGGCGAGAUUGCAACUUGCCCAUGGCUUUGAUGUCAUACAAGCUCGACCAUCUGACAGAGUACCAGCCCUCAUUCAUCAUAGUUGAGGACCAACUUUCAUAA